GGGAAGUUGCUACCGUUUUGUUGGAGCUGAAACGUCGCCCUUUUAUCCUAACAUGACUGAAACGAACAUUGCUGACUGAUGUAAAGUGACUCUUCGGCCGUGUAACAUGCAACAUGUUUGCCGGCGAGAGCACAUAAAGGAGGAAGUGUCGGACAAUAGAGCAGUGAGGUGUGUUUCCGUGUUUGCGCGUCAGUGUGCCAGGAGGAGGAUUCCCACAAACACAACUUCUGGCGCGUGCUCUCUUUCUAUCACAUUCCACCACUGUCCUGCUUCACCUCAUCUAAAGAUCAUUUGGAUACAUGCACACUGCUAUUCACUGAAGGGUAGCAGUGGGUGUUGGGAUUAAUUGGGAAAGAAUCCCCAGCCUAAAUAUGAGCUCAGUUAAAGUGUAGGACUCCUUGAUAGUCUCGUGCUGAUCGCAGCGUCACAGCUCUAAUUUGCAGCGCCUCAUGUUGUGAAGCGAUUUGCAUAAGGACUUCCGCCCCUGCUUUUCCACUUCUGCAUCGACUGCGAAGCUGGUGAAACGAUGCCACACACGGACACCACAGGAGCCGGCACGCAACCUUGCUGACCCGAGCAAGAUGUGUCCUAGAAGCCCAUAAUUAUUUGGAUGUUUUCAGCUUGGAUUUGCAUGGACACUAAGGACGGGAUGUGACAGUGGAACUCGUGGAGGCGGAUCUUCUUGACACCGUGUAUUCAGUUCGCUAUGCUGGAGGGACUACACACGAUGUUCGCCUCCUCUCUGUGGAACUAUACCGAUUAUUUUGGCUGAGGCCAGUCCGGACUCCUAAAACGCACUGGAUGCAUAUUAACCUGCCUUUUCUUUUUUGAGGGGGGAUUAUCGCCUUUUUUUUUUUUUUUUUUUUUUUUUGCGUGCACCUUGUUGGAAGGGAUGUUCCUAAAUUGGGAAUUCUUCCUGAUCUGUUCACACUUUUGUCUUUGGGACUUGACUUAAGGAAGUGACUAUGGUGUUAGUUAAGCAACCGGCUUUUUAAACUACUAAUAGUAAUAAAGCUUGAUUUAUUUUUUGAGUCAGUGUGGCGCAGUAUGAGCAAAUUCGGACAGAGUUUGGUUUUUUGAAACGCUCUUUUAAUGUUACAUAUAAACACUUUUAUGAAACAGAGACCUUUAGAAAAAGUAAUGGUACUAUCUGUUGGUUUUUUUUUUAUAGCUAAUAUAUUGCGCGCGAGCUCCUAUGCGAUGGUAUUCUGACUACUCUUGUGUCUGGCCUUGCUUUCUGGUGAAUUAAGGCUUCACUUUCCCCGACACUUUGGACGGCUACUGUGGCUUUAUUUUUUUUUAUUUUUUGCCCUUUUUCCCCCAAAAGAAAAUUCACUAAGCCUUUCUUUUUGUGUGUGUGUGUGUCCUCUCCUGCCGUGGGAGGAACUGAAAGCUUUUCGUCCAUCAUGUCUCAGUUGUCUGGGUUAGCGCGCACUGUGCUACGUGGACUCUUCAUCUGUGCGCUUGUGGGAUUAGAGCUGAUCUUCUCAGGAGCUUUGGCUGCUCCAGACACCACCAUCGUGUCAACUCCAGAUCCGUGCCUGACCGUGAUCCCGCCCUGCAUGAAUGAAGAUGAUCGCUUCAGCCUUGAGGCACUGCGACACAUCCACAAGCAGCUGGACGAUGACAACGAUGGUGGCAUCGAAGUCAACGAGAGCGUGGAGUUCAUCAUCGAGGACAUGAAGCAGCAACAAACGAACAAACACAGCAACCUGCACAGAGAGGACCAGCACAUCACUGUCGAGGAGCUGUGGAAAGGAUGGAAGACGUCUGAAGUUCAUAACUGGACGUUGGACGAUGCAGUCCAGUGGCUGAAGGAAUCAGUAGAGCUUCCACAGUAUGAAACAAACUUCAGAGAGUUCAGAGUUAAUGGCAAUACGCUACCUCGAAUAGCGGCUAAUGAACCGUCAUUUAUGUCAUCACAACUAAAGAUAUUAGAUCAACGACAUAAACAGAAAUUAAAUUUGAAGGCGCUGGAUGCUGUGCUGUUUGGACCACCGUUACGGCCACAGCAUAAUUGGUUGAAAGACUUUGUCCUCAUGGUGUCCAUCAUCAUCGGGGUAGGCGGCUGCUGGUUCGCCUAUGUGCAGAACAAGUCCUCCAAAAUCCACAUCGCCCGCAUGAUGAAGGACCUGGAGAGCCUGCAGAGUGCUGAACAGAGCCUGAUGGAGCUGCAGAGCAGGCUAGAGAAAGCACAAGAGGAGAAUCGCACAGUGGCAGUGGAGAAGCAGAACCUGGAGCAGAAGAUGCGAGACGAGAUCAAUGGUGCAAAGAGGGAAGCGUACCGUCUGCGAGAGCUCCGCGAAGGAGCCGAGUGCGAACUCAGUCGACUCAAAUAUGCCGAAGAGGAACUGGUGCAGGUGCGUGUGGCUUUAAAGCGAGCUGAGAAAGAGUUACAGUCAGAGCGGUCAGUUCCUGAAGCUUUACAGAUGUGGCUGCAGCUCACACAUGAGGUGGAGGUCCAGUACUACAAUAUCAAAAAACAGAAUGCAGAGCUACAGCUCACCGUCGCCAAGGAAGAGGCAGAGAAGAUAAAAAAGAAGAGAGGUUCUGUCUUUGGUACUCUCCAUGUAGCUCACAGUUCAUCACUGGAUGAGGUUGAUCAUAAAAUACUUGAAGCCAAGAAGGCCCUCUCUGAGGUGACAGCAUGUCUGCGUGAGCGUCUUCAUCGCUGGCAGCAGAUUGAAAGACUGUGUGGGUUUCCUGUGGUGCAGAACUCGGGUCUGCCAAGCUUGAGUGCAUCGCUGUACUCGGAGCACAGCUGGGUGGUGAUGCCACGUAUGUCACUUCCCCCCUACCCCAUUGCAGGAGGAGUGGAUGAUGUGGAUGAGGACACGCCCCCCAUCGUCCCACAGUUUAACUCUCCACUGGCUCGUCCUCCUCUGCUGCGUAACAGCAGUUUGUGUCGCUCUCGGCGGAGUCUUCUUUCCCACCAAGCUUCUAUUGUCUCAGCUGAUCCUGACCUGCUGUCUAUGGCCUCAGCACCAGGCAUCUACAGACCAGAGCCAGACGACGAACACAUUUUCUUCAGCGUCGACACAAAAAGAGACUCUCAGGACACGUGUUCAGAUUCAGACUCUCUAAGUUCCUCCGUGGGAAGAAAGCAGUUGUCCAGCUCGUGCACUCAAGGAUCAGAAACACCGCAGCGGAAGAUCUCCCGUGAUGAGCUCCUCUUGUUGGCUCAGGAAGCACAAGCCACUGCCUUGGAGGCCACCAUCUCCUCAUCACUUCCAGCUUCAUCUUCCGUUGAUCCCACUUCAAUUCGCAAGGGCUCUCCUGACCUCACUCGUUCUGCUAUCCCAGAAUCCCAGAGUUUGACCUUUCACCCUGCCACUAAGGUGGCAGCUUAUAACGGCAUGCUGGAGAAGUCAUACAGCUUGGGCCAGUUGCCUGCUGGCGGGACGCCCCCAGAGGGACGUUACACUUCCCUAAGCUCUCUAGACAUGGAUGGAAAGACAAGCAAAGAGGCCAAACAGCUCCUGUCUUCCUCCAGUCCCCCAGACUCCUGCGACAACCCUGAGAAAAAGCGCUCAAAAAUCAAGAGCUUAUUCAAGAAGAGCAAAAAGCAAUGAAGGAAAGGAGAGUAGUAUCAGAUGAAGACAUAAAAUAGCCUUAAAACAAAUAAAAAAAAAUAUGAAUGGACUUUCAACCAGAUGCCAAAAUGUUUAGUUCUAUUUUUCUUUCUUUUUUUUUUUAUAUUUUAUUUUUAUUAAAACAGAAUGUAGCUCCGGCUAGGUGCUAUCCUGGGUUGGAAGCCUUUAUAGUCCAGUCGGACUGGCAUGUUGUCAUUCAAACAUCACAAAUGGUCAAAAAUCAAGGGUCUUUUUGGUCUUUUUAAAAUGACUAAAGAAGAACUGUGCACUUCUUUCUGUCGUGGUUUUAGGGUUGACUGUCAAGAGUUGGAUCAUCAUAAAGCACCAAACAAAAAAUGAAACUAACAUACGAUGUAAUAAAAAUCCUAUUUAUUCAAAGAAUAACAUACUUUAUAAGAAAUACAUCAUCUCUACCGUAACUUAUGGAUAACUGUUCAUUUGAAAAGCUUGUUUGUGUAAGUAAUAAACCAAUAAAAGUCCUACUUUACAAAUAUAGUCAAAUUUGAAAAGUGCUAAUGAUGUAUAUAAUAUACAGGGCAAUGCAUAAGUAUGUGCCUUCCUUGAUCUUUUCCACAUUUUCUAGUAUAAAUUGAAACUGUCAUGGGUGUAAUUUGGAUUAUAUGUCAUAAAUCGACAUGAAAUGUUGAUGUGAAACCCGUAAAGAAGUUCUGGUGUAGCUGCUAUCAGAAAUCAUAUCAUUAGUCCAGAGGAGUCCAGCUGGGUUUAAUUAAUGUGUUGUGUGAUCUCAGAAUAAGUAUCUCAUACAAAUGUUAAUGGAAGGCCCCAGAGUGAGGAAUAGGAUUUGGCAGUAAAAAUAUCCUAAACUUUGAUCAACCCAAACAGCAUAAAUAAAUACGUUAUUAAAAAUGGAAAGGUUAUGUCACAACUGGAGAUGGUCUAAUAGACAGAGAAAGCUAUUAGAGGAAGAAGCAAGGGCAACUCUCAACAUGAUGCUCCCAUCACCAUGCUUCACUGUGUGGAUUCUGUUCUCAGUUUUGGGUUUCCACUAAAAAUAGCACUUAAGAAAAAUUAAUCUCAUAAAACCAGAGAACAUUUUAGUCCCCAACAUUUAGUUUUUUGUUUUUUUUCCCACAAACUCCAAAAGGGAUUUCCUUAUGGCUCACCACACUUGAUUCUCUGAUUAGUGCUCUCCUUAACAAUGUGCUGACAUUUGGUGAAUACAUUUCUUUAGGCAAAAUCCCACUGAUACCCUAUUCUGUCCAUUUUUUUAGAUAAUGGAUUUAAAAUUGCUUUGCAGGAAUGCUCAAACUUCAUUUCGAGAUCGCUUUCAUUCACCCUGACUGCUACUUUCCCAAGAUGUUUUCUGGACAUGUUUUGCUUCUUGGUCAUUAUAAUGCUGUUUUUUUUUAAGCUUUUUAAGCUUUAAUGAAUCUGGAGCCUUCCAGGAACAGGUGUAGUUAAAUUGAUAUCAUAUGAUCAUAUAAUUGCACACAGCUGAACUCCAUUAAACUAAUGAUGUGCCUUCUAAAGGCAACUGGUUUCCACCAGAACUCAUUUCACCAGAACUCAUUUCACAGCAGGGUGUAAUCACAACAUUUUAAAUAGUUAUUUGUAAAUAAUUUUGAAGAUUAUAUUAACAUUUGCCCCCACUUCAAUACUAUGGGCUUUUUUUAUGUAGAUUUACUGCAUAUAAUCCUAAUUAAGCCCGUUUGAGUUCUAGGUUAUAACACUCCCAAAUGUGGAAAAGUUGAGGAACGUGAAUACUUAUGAAAGGUAAUUUAUGUGCCACUCUCAUAAAUCUUGGUGCCUUUUGCCUAUCCACCUCAACAAUGUCAACUGCUUUCUUAGCUGGUGGAUUAAUAAUGAUAAACAUGAAGAAACCUUAUUUUUUUUUAUUUUUUAUUUUUUUGGUUUUUGUUUGUUUGUUUCUUUUGGAUCAUAGAAGUGAUCACUUUGGCUCUAGUGUUCUGGAGGGAAAACCAAAAAGAGCCCAUAAUUGUGAAGAUGUAGGGUUGAAUGUGGGCUUUCAGCUCUAUAUCAUUUCCUGUUUACUGAUGCCUCAGAGCCCCUGUACUUGACUAAUUACCUUCUAAGGUAAGGAAAAAAAAAAAAGGUAAGACAGAGGUAGCAUUUAGUGUCAAGCAGACAGACAGUCAUAAUGCCUGAAUAAUACAGUCACGAGCACGAUGAGCACCAGCUCGGAAGAAAUAUUUAAGCAAGUAAAAAUGAAGGUCUCUGAUUUACACAUGACUCUUCCAACAUGUAUAAGCUGUAUAAAUGACUAAGUUAUAAGGGCAAAAUGACUGCUGUAGAUCAAGUGCUACCAAAAAUCCUGCUAAAGGUUGUUGCACUACUGCUUUCCUGAAUUGGAAAGGGCUGCUUUUUUUUCGCAGAGUAACAGUACGUUUAGAUAAAGAGAAGACAAGCGCUAAAAAAGUAAUAAAUUGAUGGAGCCAAAAUGAUUUGAUGCAUUUUAUGCUUCUUAGCUUAUUUAUUCUUCAGUGCAUUCUUUUUUUUUCCCAUGACAACGAUGUUGAGAGAGAAUUUUUUUUUUUUUUUUUUUUUUUAAACUGUCAAACAUGCAUUUGUAAUGUGUGGAAGGACUCUGUAUUUUAUAUAUGCAUAUGCAAAUUUUAACAGCCCAUUAAUAACGCCUAUUCCUUGAAUGCUCUGUUUCAAGGGCCUAACCAUCACUGUGAUCACAAUCCUCAUCCUCACGCACUGUAACCCAUAGCCUAGCACUAAACUUAUGUUACUUUGACAAACAUUGUCACAGGCUUUUAUUUUACUGUUAUUUAUAAAGUGUCUCGUAUGAGAAUCUGAGUCAUCCUGAAGCCAUCACUUAAUGAAGGACAUUGUACAACCCUGUUGGAAAACUAAACAUGUUAAAUAUGUGUAAAAGUGUACACCUAUUCAACGGAAAAUCCACCAGACUAAGGGCGUCAAUAUGAUAAAUGUCUACGGUGUAUAUGCCCUUCCAUUAGUUAAACUGUUUUAAGUGUAAGAGGAAAUGGGGCUCAGUAGGUAUGAUCAUAGUGAACUAUUUCUCAUGAUUUCAGAUGAAUAAAAUAUUUGUAUAAGCCA